CUCUCCUACAACAACCCCAUCCUACAUUUCUAUUGGAGCGCCGUUCCAACGAAUCUUCAAACGAGCGUUGCGACACCCUUAUCAAAGGGCGACUUAUUGUAACAAUAACAACAACAACGUUAAACCUACGUCCCACCUACCUCUAGGUCUCAGACAUUCGCCAUCCCUUUUCCGACUUGGAAUAAAGAAAGAUAGCAAAAGGAAGAGGAGGUGUCUCACACGCGCUCUCUCUCCCUUCCGUCAGAUUCCCCUACCUCGAGAAACCGCCAGUCCAUGCCACCUAACAACAAAAUAUCCGCCGAUCGAUAGAAUCGCCGCGCGGGCGGUCGUCUUCCACCUUUACCUCCAUCUCCUCCCCUUUCUCGACGACGCCAUGUUUUCCAAUGCGCUGAAGUCGUUCACCUCGAACAUCUCGUCCAACUACUCGCUGAGCCCACAACCCACAUCCUUCUCCGGGCCCUGGAAGAUCUACGAUGCAAAGAAGAAGUCCACAGGCAAGGCGGCGUCCGUCUUCGUGUUCGAGAAGAAGUCGCUGGAGCCUCCUGGGGGCGGGAGUCUGGGCGGAAGGUCUGGCGCUUCGGCGCUGAAGAGGGCACACGAGGAGGUUGUGGAGAGGCUGAAGAAGGAGGCCAGUUCGCUUGCGAGGCUGCGGCACCCGAGCGUGCUGGAGCUCGCGGAGCCCGUGGAAGAGACGCGUGGCGGGGGGCUGAUGUUCGCUACGGAACCUGUCACUGCGUCGCUGGCUGGCCUGCUGCAGGAGAAGGAUGAGCAGGAGAGGGCUGGCGGCGUGGGAGGGCGCCGAAGCCGCUACGUGGUUGAGGAGUCGGAUGGGCAGAAGAGGCGGCGGGAGUUAGAGAUUGACGAGCUAGAGAUACAGAAGGGGCUGCUGCAGAUUGCGAAGGGGUUGGAAUUCCUCCACGAGAGUGCGGGACUCGUCCAUGCGAAUCUGACGCCCGAGGCCAUCUUUAUCAAUGCUAAAUCCGACUGGAAGAUCUCUGGUCUCGCAUUCUGCACCCCGCCCGAGAAUUCCACCAAACCGACAUCAGUAACGCCCAUAUCGCUGUCCGAGGUGUUGAAUUAUGAUGCCCGACUUCCUCGACACGUCCAGCUCAAUGUCGACUACACAUCCCCAGACUUUGUCCUCGAUGGCAAUGUCACGUCCGCCGCUGACAUGUUCUCACUGGGCAUGUUGAUCAUCGCAUUAUACAACUCACCCCACCGAAGUCCUCUCGAAUUCAACGGAAGCCAAUCGGCAUACAAACGCGCCUUCUCAUCGUCGUCGUCGGUCCCCAACAAGAGCAACAACUUCAUGUCUUCACAACCACUACCGAGAGAUGUGGUCAACGGUGUUCUCGAUCGUUUGAUCACAAGGCGGCCAGCACAGCGCUUAGACGCACGGGAAUUCCAGCAGGCGCAAUACUUUGAUAACAUACUGGUUUCUACCAUCCGCUUCCUCGACUCCCUUCCCGCGAAGACACCCCACGAGAAGUCACAGUUCAUGAGGGGGCUUCCAAGGAUAUUGAAUCAAUUCCCCAAGUCUGUCCUAGAGAAGAAGGUUCUCCCUGCGCUCCUAGAGGAGACGAAAGAUCGGGAACUACUGGCUCUCGUCCUACAAAACAUAUUCAAGAUCGUCACUACAUUACCUGCAUCGAAGCGGGCUUUCACAGAGAGAGUGAUACCCAAGCUCCGAGAAGUGUUCUUGAGCAGUCCACCGCCCGCAAAAGGCGCCCCGGCCGAGCGAGACAGCUUAAAGGAAGCCGGACUGAUGGUCGUGCUGGAGAACAUUAACGUCGCGGCCGAAAGCAGCGGCGGGAAGGAGUUCAAGGACGACAUAUUACCGAUCAUCAACUACGCACUGGAAUCUCCCACCCACUCUAUGGUGGACGCGGCGCUCCGAACGCUGCCUGUCGUGGUUCCCAUUCUGGACUUCUCGACGAUCAAGAACGAGCUGUUCCCCAUCAUUGCGAACGUCUUCGCUAAGACGAGCAGCAUGGGUAUCAAGAUCCGCGGACUGGAGGCUUUCAAGACGCUUUGCGGUGGGGGAAGUGAAGAAUCGGAUGGAUUCGAAGGAGACGGAUUGACUGGCGUGGUCGAAGUCCAGAAGCCCAAAACCUCCAAUGUAUCAAUCCUAGACAAAUACACCAUCCAGGACAAGGUCGUCCCGCUCCUCAGGGGCAUCAAGACCAAGGAGCCAGCAGUCAUGAUGGCCGCCCUCGAGGUCUUCAAAACCAUCGGCCCCCAAGUCGACUCCGACUUCCUCGCCAUGGAUGUCCUCCCCAUUCUCUGGCAAUUCAGCCUAGGCCCGCUCCUCAACCUCCCCCAAUUCCAAGCCUACAUGACGACCAUCAAAUCCAUGUCGACGCGCGUCGAAAACGAACAGACCCGCAAGCUGCAAGAACUCGGCGCCAGCAACGGCACCAGCACCGCAACCACGCGCAACGAAUUCAUGAGCUUCGGCGGCGCCCCCGCAACCACCAGCAACGGCUUCGACACGACGAACGGCUCAGGAGACGGCGACUUCGAGGCUCUCGUGCGCGGCGGGAGCGCUGCUGGCGCGAGCGGAGCAGCAGGCGGAGGAAACGACAUGCUCGGCGGCGAUGCGUGGGCCAACGCGCCCUCGUCCGCCUCCUCAUCCACCAUCCUCCCCUCGCGAUCAGUCGCGAACAAUCGCGGGCGAGCAUCCAACAAUGCUUCUCCGGCAGCUACGUUUUCCUGGUCCACGCCGCCGCCGCCCAUGUCGCCGCCCGCACAGCAGCACAACCUCUCCGCGCCGCAGCACCAAGGCGUAGGCAGGACGAUCACACCGGACAACACGCUCAACAGCCUCAACACGUCCUUCCCCGCGCUCGCGCCCAGCAACCCGGGAAUCGGCAGCCCGACCUUCUCUCAACAGCAGCAGCAGAGCAGGCCCGGCGCAAGCAUGAACACCAUGAUGUCUCCCCCGCCCAUCUCAACCCAGAGCUCCGGGUUGGACUGGAGCAAAGCAUCAAGCACGACGUCGAAUCAAUGGGGUGGUGGUGGAAUCGCAUCUGCAACCUCGACGACGCCCGGGCUCUCCAACUUCUCAAUGGCACCACAGCAGCAGCAGAGCCAGACGAACCCUUACUCAUCGUUCAGAAUCGCGCCGCCGCCUAGCAAACCGGCUGGCUCGUUUGGCAUACCGCCGCCUCCGAGCGGAGGGGGUACGUUCAGCAUCGCGCCACCGCCAGGUCAAGCGUCGAGGUUCGGCGGUGCACCUGCCCCGGGAGGUGGGAUGAGCAUGAAUAGCAUGGCGUCCCGGAUGGCAACGAGCCAGAAGCAGACUCAGAAUCAGAAUCAAAACCAGACGGGUUGGGGUGCUAACGAUGGGGGUAGUCUGAUAUAACGUGGACUAUCGGGUUGAGUUGAGUUGAGUUGAGACGAGGCAAGUUGGCAAGCAGGCAAUGUGUGUGUAGUUGCACUAUCCCAACCGUACGGAACAUAGAAAACGACGACAGUCUUUUGACGUUGUCCAAAAACCUUUG